GUUAAUCCGUUUGGGAUUCGUGUUGGUGAGAAGUCAUAGCGGAGUGGAGGAGCUGUCGUUAAUAACAGGAAAGCGCAGUGACAGACUUUGUUUUAACUGAUUUAACACUAGUUUAAAAAAUGUAAACGGACAUUCCGGUAACUAAAAAGUUAUUAUAGUUGCUGUUUAGAAUGAGACACUAACUUUAGCUGCUUCUUUUAAACGCUGUUUUGUCAGUGGAGACGCAGAGAUUUGACGGUGGACGGCAGUAACAACAUGGAUGUCCGGGCAGCAACGGUGCGGCUUUGAACUGGAAUUAGGACCGUUUUAAGUUUAUUUUGUGGUCUGACGUCCUUUUUACGAGGAAUUCAGCAUUAACCCACACACAAGAUGUUGAGGCUGUGGAGGCGAGACGUGCCGCUCUCAGAGAGGCUGGGAGAAGAUUCUCCCCCCGCUGCAGCCCCCGCACUCCCACCCACGGCAGCUCCAACGGGGCCUAACAUUUCAUGGCUCCCAGAGGCCCCACGGCUGAACACGGAGCCCAUCUUCCUCAUGACUCCCGCAGCACAGGCGAUCUCUGGCUUUUUUGUAUGGAUCGCUCUCGUCCUCACGUGUCACCAGAUCUACAUGCACCUACGCUUUUACAGCUCACCCCGGGAGCAGCGUCACAUUGUGAGGAUCCUCUUCUUCGUUCCUAUCUAUGCCUUUGACUCCUGGCUCAGUCUCCUCUUCUUCACUAACGACCAGUACUACGUUUACUUUGACACCAUCAGGGAUUGUUAUGAGGCUUUUGUGAUUUACAACUUCCUGAGUCUGUGUUACGAGUAUCUGGGUGGAGAGAGUGCCAUCAUGGCUGAAAUCAGAGGAAAACCCAUUGAGUCCAGCUGUAUGUAUGGCACCUGCUGCCUCCAGGGAAAGGCCUACUCCAUUGGCUUCCUGCGCUUCUGCAAACAGGCCACACUGCAGUUCUGUGUGAUCAAACCGCUCAUGGCUGCCAUCACUGUGGUGCUGCAGGCCUACGGCAAGUACAAGGAUGGAGACUUCAAUGUUGCCAGUGGUUACUUGUACAUCACCAUCAUCUACAACAUCUCCGUCAGCUUGUCCCUCUACGCCCUCUUCCUCUUCUACUUUGCCACGAGGGAGCUGCUCAGUCCCUACAGCCCCAUCCUCAAGUUCUUCAUGGUCAAGUCCGUCAUCUUCCUCUCCUUCUGGCAGGGUAUGUUACUGGCUAUCCUGGAGAAGUGUGGAGCCAUCCCUCAGAUCAACUCGGUGGAGGUGUCUGUUGGCGAGGGGACUGUUGCUGCUGGCUAUCAGAACUUUAUCAUCUGCAUCGAGAUGUUUUUUGCAGCAGUAGCUCUGAGACACGCUUUCACCUACAGAGUCUACAUGGACAAAAGUCUGGACUCUCAAGGACCUGCUCUUUCAUAUGGGGACUUUGGUCGCCGUGCCCCAAUGAAGAGCAUCUCCAGCAGCCUAAAAGAAACCAUGAACCCCAACGACAUGGUCCAAGACGCCAUCCACAACUUCUCGCCGGCCUACCAGCAGUACACACAGCAGUCCACAGAGCAGGGCGUCCCACCGCCUGUCUGCCGGACCCUGAGCGUCAUCAGCGGCAAAGGAGACACAGAGAAGACGCUCCUGCUCAGCUCUGAUGACGAGUUUUAACAGACUGACGUUCUAACGGUGGACAGUCCUCAAAACAGCUGAACUCCACACUUGUGUUUGUUUCAUUUAUGUUUUUUAUUUUUUUGGUCUUCAUUGUGUACAGAUGUCUUGUACUUAAGCUUUUAUUUACUGAGCUGAUUUUUAUGUUUUAGACUCUAAGGCCAGAAACAAAGGUCACAGUUUAAAAAAAGGAAGGUUACCUUUACAUCGUGGCUUGAUUGUGUUUCCUUAUGUUAAACAUAUUUUUGCGAGGAACUCAAUCAUUUAGUGGAAAGUUAAAGGUGUGUUUUUGUAGGAGCUGUUUUUUUCUGUCUGUCAUGUUUACUUUUUAGUCUUGUAAAAAUCUCCAAAAAGUCAGACUUUUUCUGAUUUAAAAUAAAGUAUAUAAGAAAAUAUUUCCUUAAAAUUCCUUAAGAUUUUUUUAUAUUUAAGGCAGAGCAAAUAAGUCCUAUUUUCCAUAUCAGAAUGCAGGCAACAGCAGCAGAGUUAGUCUGGAUUAAAUGGGGCGGAGUUAUUUGAAGGACUGGGAUUUAAUCCCAGACAGAGGAGCUGUGUGAGCACCAAUCUAGGUUAACAGGAUUGAGGAGGAGAGAAAAACAUGAGAGGAAUAUAGGUCGGAGCUAACUAAAGAUGUUUGCUGCAGGACUGUGCUGGGGUCAUCCACAAUAAGAGAAGAAAUGGCUAGUCAAUAUCUUAACUUCAUCAGUUAUUUUAUAUCCACAGUCAUUUUAUAUUGAGAUAAAUAUAUUUAAAGCUGAAUUUAAUUUGUGUUUUAUCAAUUUUGUUUCCAUAUUCAUACUUGUUGUAUUCCCUCAAUGUCAGGCAUUAACAUACGUCUUUUUGAACAUUAUUAUAUCACUUGGAUGCUUUAAUGUAUCUUUAAAGGUCUUGAUAUUGUUAGGUCAGUGAGAUGUCUUAUCAGAGUUGUUGUUUUUUUGUUUUGUUUUUUGUUUUUUUGAAUGAGUCACACCAGAGUUUGAUUAUGGAUUUACACUUUCACUGCAUCGCUGCACUUCCGUGUGUGUCCACCAGUGGGCUGUGCAGGGCAAACAAGAACACACAACAAGAUGGCAACUGAAAUAAAGGUGAUUUCAGGAGAGAGAGAAUAAAGCAGGUGCUUAGUUUGAUUCAAA